GGCGCGGAGGCGCGCGGCGCCGGGGCGCGGGGCGGGGUCGCGCGGCCUCUCUGAGUCGCGCUAGGUUAGUACAGCGCUCUGCACGAGUGACGGACGCCCGGCUUCACGGCCGGCGAUUUUAGUAUUCUUCAUUUAUUUUCUUUUUCUAUUCGUUUAAUUUGUGAAACACCCCGGAAACAUGAAACGAGUGUCCCGCGAGUGAGUACCCAGUGUUCGAAAUAUACCGGUGUUUUAUUUUGACAGUGUCACGUGCGGAGCCGAAUUGUUACCGGUUCCUGAGUUUCGAAAAGUGUUUAUAUACGCACGCGGCCUUCACUUGCAGGUAGCGAAUGUGAUAGUGUAAAGUUUACCGAAUUAUAAGAUUUACAAGCGGUGGAAGAGUUCUCGUGGGAACGCGCGGAGUUCAGUGUUUCGCGAACGCAAAGUUCGCACGGAUUUGUUCCAACAGGAUUCCUCUCGGAAACUAGUGGUGAAGUUACAAGUUUACGACAUAACCUUUCGAACGAGGCGCGUGUUGCACAGGCAUGCGCAGUUCGGGUCUCUAAAAUUAAUAAUAGAGGCUCAUAAUUUUAUAAACAAACUGUGUGCGUGUUGAGUGGAAGUGUAGUGCUGCGCCGCUAACUAGCGACGCACGACUCGCCGGGCACGCGACAGUCGCAAACAUUUGAAAACUCGGAGAUUAACCGUUCACCUGUGGGAAUUGGUGUUUUACCUGCGCGCGCACUGAACUUCUUUACAAAGGUUGGCGCAACUAUGAUGUCCUGCCCUCUCCCGCUGCCGCUACUGCCGGCCCUGCAUCCCCAGCCAGCGCUCGCCUCAGACUUCCCUAUCCACAUUGGAAUUAAGAGAGGCUCCGACGAGCUUCUGUCGCAGAGUGGCGUCACCGUCAUGGCGCCCGCCGCUCCGCACCACGCCGACAACAACAACCAAGACUCUGCCGCCAAAAAGGUGAAACUGGAACAGAAUGUGGGCAAGCCGUCGCGCGUCAUCCACAUACGAAACAUACCCAACGAGACGACAGAGGCCGAGAUCAUUCAGCUCGGCCUGCCCUUCGGCCGAGUCACCAACGUGCUCGUCCUCAAAGGAAAGAAUCAGGCCUUCCUCGAGAUGGCGGAGGAGAUAUCCGCGGUGGCGAUGGUGGCGUACUUCGGCGGGUGCGUGGCACAGCUGCGCGGGCGCGCCGUCUACGUGCAGUUUUCCAACCACAAGGAGCUCAAGACGGACCAGACGCACAGUAACGCCUCGGCGUCGGCGCAGGCGGCACUACAGGCCGCGCAGGUGAUCUCCAACAGCGCGGGCGCGGCGCUCGUGGCCGGCGCCGGCGCUGCGCUGCAGCCCGCCAAUGGCGGCACUGAAAUACAGGGUGGCCCCAACACAGUGUUGCGAGUUAUCAUAGAACACAUGCUCUACCCCAUCGUGCUCGACGUGUUGUACUCCAUCUUCCAGCGAUACGGAAAGGUGCUCAAAAUUGUCACCUUCACCAAAAACAAUUCAUUCCAAGCCCUCAUCCAAUACCCAGACACCGUAUCAGCGCAAACAGCAAAAACGGCCCUAGACGGACAAAACAUUUACAAUGGAUGCUGCACUCUCCGCAUCGACUAUUCAAAGAUGACCUGCCUUAAUGUCAAAUACAACAAUGAUAAGUCCCGGGAUUACACCAACCCCACGUUGCCGUCCGGCGACGGCGACGCCCACCAGCUGUUGACCAGUGGUGGCGUACUUGCUCCGCCGUUCCUUGGGCUCGGCUCCGGCCUGGCGUCCCCGUACGGCGUGGGCGUGGGCGGUGUCGGGCUGCCGGCGUUCGGCGCGCUCACGCUGACGCCCGCGUCGCCCGCGCUGCGCGCCCUCGCCGCGCCGCCGCUACCUCUUGCCACUGUGCUACUCGUCUCCAAUCUUAACGAAGAGAUGGUCACGCCUGACGCUCUCUUUACCCUUUUCGGCGUGUACGGCGAUGUGCAGCGAGUGAAGAUACUCUACAAUAAGAAGGAUUCUGCUCUCAUUCAAAUGGCUGAGCCACAUCAGGCUCAUCUAGCCCUGACUCACAUGGAUAAGCUGCGCGUAUUCGGCAAGGCCAUGCGCGUGAUGCUGAGCAAGCACCAAACUGUGCAGCUGCCGAAGGAGGGACAACCGGACGCUGGUCUCACGAGGGACUAUUCGCAGAGCCCCCUCCACAGAUUUAAAAAGCCUGGCAGCAAAAACUACCAGAACAUUUACCCGCCGAGCGCCACGCUGCAUCUAUCUAACAUUCCCGCCACGGUCUCCGAGGAAGAUAUCAAAGAAGCCUUCACAAAACGAGGCUUCACAAUCAAGGCGUUCAAGUUUUUCCCGAAGGACCGCAAAAUGGCGCUGGUGCAACUGCCCUCCAUCGACGACGCGGUGGCGGCGCUCAUCAAGAUGCACAACUACCAGCUGUCCGAGUCCAACCAUCUCCGAGUCUCCUUCUCCAAGUCCAGCAUCUAAACGGACCGAUUCGGAAUAUCACACAAUCUCUGUCAGUCGCGUCCUUAUGGCUAUCAUUAUGAAGUCACCGAAUAGUUAGUGAGACUUUGGAUGCGUAGGAUAAGCGACUGUCAAUUACACUGAACCUCUCACUCAACUCGAGAAUUUCCCUCGACUGAAAAUUACAAAGUAAUCUGUAUUACGCUUACUCGGAUCAGUUUAGAGGAAUAAGUGCUACUCUAUUUUCUUAGUGAAUACGUACAUUUAAUAUUACUGCAAACGUUAAUCUAAGAUACAUUCAUCACACGACUUCAAAUGGCAGCUAUGUAUGCUUUUUAUUGUUUUAGAAGCGACUCCGAUUAUGUUCCUACCGACCCUGAUGCCUGAGAGGAUGCCUAUUUUGUGUGAUAUUCAUUCCAUAAUUUUAAUAAUCAUAAUUUUAUUUCAAUAUUGUCUUCAUGAUUUCCAUUUGAUAUUUGUAAUUUGCGUAAAUCAAUUUAUCAAAACAAUAUAUAUUUUGCAAUUAGAUUGCGCUAGAUUUAUUUAAAGUUUGUCAAAAUGGACCCUUUUAUCGCGAUGUCAGACAUUGCUUUCGUUAAUUCAUGGUUGUUUUAUUCCGGCAGCUAAUUUAUAUUAUAUCUAUCGCUUUAAAAUAUAUUUUGUCAUGUUCGUGUUACAAUAUUAUAGCAAGCACAUUGUUGUAUGGGAAUUUUCAUUGUAUAAUUAUUAUUUGCAGUUAUUAUUCUAAUAUCAUAUAUUAUAUAUAAAAACAUGAUUUAUUUUAACAUGCACAAUUUACUAUUAUUGCAUUUCUUUGUAAGUAAAUAAUUAUAAUUUUGUACACAUACACAUUUUGUUAUUAUUGAAAAUUUACAUUUAUAAAUGUGUAUGUGUGUGCAAUAUUAGGUUUAGAAAUAAUUUUAGUAAUGCUCUUAGAUUUCAUCGUCUACGUGUUACUGAUGCUUCCAUAAAUGUUUCGUUGUCUGCAGCGACGCCCUGUUCUGUUUCAAUAGUUGUUCUCGAUUAGUUAGUGUAAUCACGACUCUUAUAGCUAAGCAUCUAGUUGAUAUAUCACUAUGUAUAACGUUAUGUUCAUCGACAUAAUAGUGACAUGAUGCAUUUAUUUUGAUGUUAAUUUAAUAUUAGCUACAACAUACUAUAAAUGCUCGUGCAUACAGUUAACGGUAGAUAAUUAAUUAUUUAUUUGUCUAGAGAGCCGUACGCGCGGUGUGGGGGAUACUACAAUAUCGUAUUUUUUAGAAUAAUGUUCAGUAUAAUUUUAUUAGUGUGUCGCCACACUGCGAACGGCGAUGGUCGAGAAUAUAUUCGAGAUCUGAUUUGCUUAUCUCUAGCAUAUUAAAUGAGCAGUAUUCACACUAGGGCACAAGAACUUGUUAUACAGUAUUAGUUAAAUAACUCCCCUGAUACUUUAUUUUUGUACAUAAACAUUCAAACUUUCAUGACUUGGCUUUUCAAACUUCUUGGACUCGUGCUUGAUUGGUUUUCACACAUCUUUGCCUUCUUAAAUUAAUAAAUAUGCGUCUAGUCCAAUGCAAAAGAGAUUAAGUUUGUGGAUUAAGUAAUUAUACGUCGAGGAAUCAUGUCAACGAUUGUCUCAAAAUUGGAGGUUAGUCUGGUACGAAAAGCUUUGAAAAAUGAUAUAUAUAAUAAAUAUGGUCAUUGAGCUAUGCCCAUUGAAACCUGAUGCUCUAAUUGUAGGACCAGCUUUAAGUGUUCAGUUACACGUCCAGUAUAUGAUUAGGCAAAGCAUGCGUGAAACAGAUACCUGAAUUAUGAAAAAUAAGGAUCGACUACGUCGCUACAACACAUCUACCUAUCACAGAUUUUGUCGCCAAAUAUCUACUCUUUAAGAGUGUGUACAGGCAUAGUUAGUAAAACCUUUGCCACGAGUCAGGUGAAAUUAGGCAUUAUGUUAAUGUCAUAAAGACUAGUGCAAUUUUUUGUAAUUUUACCUGUGUACAUCCUUGGUGACAUUGUGAUGAAAUGAAAUAUAACGAUAGGGCAACGGGGGGCAUACUAGAUGGUGAACUAAAAGAUAUACCUACUUGGGAGUUUUAUUCGACUUGUUUUACUCGUCGAAGUGAUGUCACAAAAAGUUUUAGUGAUUUCGUGGCCGCGUCAUAAGAUUUAUAAUGCUCUGAGCUAUCAAAAAAUGAUGGGAAAUAUAGCCCCUGUUUGCACGAAAUGGCGCCGACAAGUUAGUUUGAGCGAUGUCAUGUCGAAGCUUGAAAUGGCUGCCACUUGGUAAGUUCGCCGGUCACUCAACUUAUCCCUUCCAGAGUCAAAGAAAAUUAAAUAGUUCUUUUAUUUUAGAAAUCAUAUUCAGUCAUUUAUAAUUAUAAAACAAACAUAUUUACACUAUUUUAAAAUGUAUCAUUAUACAUCACGUAACGUAAAUAAGGAUAAAAAUAGAGCUUAGUAAGAUGAUUAAACUGAAAAAUAUUAGAAUGUCAUUAUGGUGUAAGUUUUACUAGAAAAAUUUAAUCAUACAAAUUGUAUUAUUCAGUACGUAUGAUAAGGAUUGUAAAAGUAGUUAUUUGGUUUAGAUAAUGUUAGGUGACCAGGGUGUGGUGAUAUUUUGCACGUUUUUGAAAAUGUUUUUCUACAGGGUGCAGAAUGCAGAAAUUGUGCGCUCUUGUUUUAAAAUGAGAUUAAAGCGGUUAACGACUGGUGGUGGUCUGCUGGAGAACGGCGGUAUCGCAUUUGUAUUUAAAUAUUAUAAUUACUUAUUUAAUAAACAUUAUCACAACAAGGAGAUUACAUAUCCAUUGUAUUCAGCGUAGAACGCUACACACAUCGCGUGUUCUAUCGCAGGAUAUCCGUUUUGUCGCGUAGAUUCAUUGUCCACGGUAUUAAUUGCUUCUGCUCAAUCCGUAGAUAACAAUAAGGAAUAUAUUACUAAAUGUGUGUAGCGUUUUCAGGCCUAAUCUUUUCUCAAUAACAUUGGUAUUGACUAAUAGAUAAUUAUAGGUAUUUUUGUGUUUAGAGAAGUAUUUUAAAUAUUUAGAUAAUACGGUAAUAUUAUUAAACAUAAGAAAUAGAUCAGUGUUUAGAACGAGAUGCCAAAUUUAAAGUCAAUACACAUUAUUUUAGGUAAAAGGUAAUUGAAGUAAUCUUAACAUUUAUUGAAAAGUUGAUGAAAAUGUUAAAGUUAAAUUAUAUUUGAGAGUUUUAUUAAGCGCAAUUUUUCAUUGUAAGCGAACAUUGUUUCAAUUUGUUGGUUAAAGUUAUGCGUUGAAAAAGAUGUGAAAGUUGUUUUCCGACUGUCGUCUCUGUGUUCACCCUCUUGCGUUACGAGCAAAACCAUUUCAACAUAUCUCUGCAUAUCAUUCUUAUUAUACCUAAUUUUAUUGCGCUUUAUAUAUAUCUCUUAAGCUGUUUUAAGUACUUGAGUACAUGUUUCUUAAAAUUAUAUGAAAUGCCAACAUAUCAAUUAAUAGAAAUUUGGCUAAGGCGCAUCUUAUACAUUUUCAAACCUCGGCUCUAAGGAGCUGCGCGAGAGCGACGCUUGCAACCUCAAGCGUCGCUCCAUUUAUACUUAUGUAAGAAUUCGUCAUUUCUAUUUUUCUUAUUUUAAUGUUAAGCCUCAUGUGUGUUUAAUUUCUUUCUUAUUUUUAAUUUCGUAAUUAAACAAUAUUAUCAGUAUAUUCUUUUUGUUCUUUAUUUUGUCUCCUCUUCGUUUUUCCUAAGUUCUUUUUUUCUUAAAACUCAAUACCAAUUGUCUAAAGUACUUUAGGAAGAAGCGAUCUAAGGUUUGGUAGUCAUGUAAAGAAUGGCCUUUGAAAUCUCACAAAUAUCUACAUUUCAUUUGUUACAUAUCCGAUACUGUUGAUUUAAAUGUAUUUUCUCAACACUUGAUGAGAUAAAAACUAUUUGUAAAUAAAAAUAAAAUUUAAUGGGGAUCAAUAUAUGAAAUGAUGUACAUUAGUACGCAAUUGGUACUGUAGACAUAUUCGUGUUUAGAUCUAUAUCCUGGCGUAAAUAUCGCAUCUACGGUGAAACUUGUCUAUACUAUAAUGCUUUGAAAUAUAUCCAUAAUUUCUUGUGACACUAAGCAAUUUUGACUUCAUCUGUGGUUUUGUGGAUUGUCUUGACUUUCACGAGAAUUAAGCGAAGUUACAUGUUGCUUAGUUCAACGACGUUGGGUGUAAGGGACUUUGAUUACCAUUGAAGAGUUAUCGUAAUGUUAUAGAAUGGGAAAUUCGCACAGGGUAUAAGAUUUAAUUCCGUGCCGUGUCCCUGAUCCUUGCUGCGUGGAAAGAACUGAACCAUUCCAUACCGAGGUGUGAGCUAACUGUGUAACUGCCAAUUAAUAGGACCCCCUUCUCAAACUGCUGUUGAUUGGUAUCUCAUAAAUAUACAUAUUAUGUUUAUUUUCAAUAAAGGAAAUUGUCUGCUGGAUACUACUGUUGAAUCUGUAGUUGAACAUGCAUCUUGUGACUAAACUAACAGUGUAUAUUUAUGUUUUGUCAUCAAAUCAUAUAUAUGAAGGCUGCCUAUAGUAAAUUGAGGUAUAUGAAUAAAUUGAAAAUAAACAUAAGUGAGAUGUGUUUUUUCGAAGUUAUGAAAGCUUGUUAUAUGAAUGCAUAUCCAAUGCAAACCCUAUGAAGUGGCAGUUAUCCUUGUGUUAUUAAUCUGUGAAUGUAAAUAUUAUACACAACUAUAUUAAUAAUAACAAAUUAAAUAAAUAAGAUAGUAAAGAUUAACAUAAUCCUUUCUUUAAAUUUUACUAAUAAAACAUAGGUAUCCUAUUCUAAUUUUCAGUAGUUGCCUAGUUCAUUAUCAAAGUAACUUCUAGAGAAUACCUGUUUUUAUUUUAAUCUAAAUUGUAGGGCUAUACCAUUGAUUUAUAAAAGAUUAAUAAUGGUGUGCAAAUUAAAGGGUUGUGUGUAAAGUUAAAAUAGUUUAAAUAGUUGUAACUCGUUCCUGUGACGAAAGGUUAUCCCAUCUUUUUCUUAUUACUAAACGCACAUCUAUUUCUGUUCGCUUCUCCUAUAAAAUUUGCCGAAACAUUUGAAACAAUGUCAAUAUUUUUUAGUCUAAUUAAAUCAAUAAUGCCAAAGACCAAUCAUUGGGACAAAAAAAACAGGGAUCUAAUAAUAUUUUCCUUUCAACUAAAUCUUAACCUACCUAACUCUAAAUAGACAUGACCUAGAUAAAGGAAAGGAAAAAGCUUUAAAGAGCAUAUUUCGAAAUAUAAUGUAUUUUAAUGAUUGUUUCCGAAUCAUAAUUUUGUGAAUUGCCAAUGGCCCACCUGUGAGGGUCUGCGGCAUGUUUCCACAUACAUCAUAGCAGUUAGAUGAAAUUAUAAAUAAUAUAUACAAUAUUAUCAUCUUAAGUGACUACCCUAUUGAACUCUAGAUUUAUUCUUUGUCAUUUUAUAAUAAAAUAUAGUUGAAAAUUGCA